AACUGAAAAGUGUACGCUUAGAAACAGCCCCUCCCCCUACUCACAAAAUAAUGGACAUCAUCUCUUGCUUCAGACUGGGACAAGCUCUGCGCCAUGGUGAUACUGACAGCUUCCUAGCAGCUUAUGACUCUUUGCUAGACUCCCUGGACCCAUCAGCAGGCAUACAGUUGACAACAGCUAAAGAGUGUGCUAGGCAAAUAUCAGAGCUACCAGAUGAUGACUUUGCUGUAUUGCAAUCCUCUGUAAGCACGUGUGAAGUGUCCAUAUCCACUGAAGAGGCUGUAGUGAUACAGUUGCAGUCACUACUGGAGGAGCUGGCCUGUGGCGAUGGAGAGGGAGGCGUGACCACUACUGAGUUACAUGGUGACAAUGUUAUAGAGUUACAUAGUGACGGGAGCCCCAAUCCUACCUCCAAUCAAUGUGAUGAGAAACAGACGUCAAGUGGUGAUAUAUUGCAAGACCACCCACCCCAAGAUCAAACAAUAUCCACCCCACAGUGUACAGCAGUGGAUAGCAGCACAGCCUCUAUACAGGGACCACAGUGUACAGCAGUGGAUAGCAGCACAGCCUCUAUACAGGGACCACAGUGUACAGCAGUGGAUAGCAGCACAGCGUCUAUACAGGGACCACAGUGUACAGCAGUGGAUAGCAGCACAGCGUCUAUACAGGGACCACAGUGUACAGCAGUGGAUAGCAGCACAGCGUCUAUACAGGGACCACAGUGUACAGCAGUGGAUAGCAGCACAGCCUCUAUACAGGGACCACAGUGUACAGCAGUGGAUAGCAGCACAGCGUCUAUACAGGGACCACAGUGUACAGCAGUGGAUAGCAGCACAGCCUCUAGCUCUGUAGAGGGUCUCUGCAGAGAGAACAUAAGCAGAGAAGGUUAUACAAUCGUACGCAGGAGGAGAAACAAACAAUCUAAGAGUGUGUGUCCACCCAAUGUCUACCAGAGCCAGCCCUCAAAGAGAGGGAGAGGAGGACACAAGAAUAACUAUAAUGGGAGACAGAACGACAGUCGUCAUGGCUACACUUCUGGUUACUGUGGCAACAAGGAGCGGCAUGUGAGAGGGAGGAGGGAGCGUGGCAGUAUGGCUGAAUGUACCUCCUACAAUCAUGCCGAGGUGGUCUCAUUCUUACUACAAGGUUGGCAGUCGGCUCAGAGGGAACUACUCACCUCCACUCAUUAACUAUAAUUAUCAUUAUAAUAUUAUUCACUGUAUCAAACAUAAUAAACAUUAAUUAAAGUAAA